AUCACCCAAGAUGGUCAAAUACUCAGCCGCUGCGUGUCGGAGUUGCUUCCCAGCGAACCUGCCGCUGCUGCACUAAGAAGGGGUGCUGAGUGAGGUUCUACUUCGUUCCACCAUUCGUCGUUUGGCCAGUUUUUAAGGCAAACUCUGUACCUUAUAAGCACCAUAAGUAAGGCAUCGUUAAUUAUUGGUUUGGUUGUAAACAAGAGGAAGAACAACGCGCCUAAAGCACAAAGCUGCACACGCUAUUUUCACCGCCAAUGAACACCCAGGCAAAGCGCUAGAACCAUCGACAGUAAGCAAAUAUCGCGGAAAAUAUUGUUCAUAACUAAACUACAGUAAAGGGAGAGCGAGAGAAGGGAAGAAAAAGAGGAAUAACGCACUUUUGGAGCACAGCGACAUCACUGAAUUUUCUUGCUCUAAAUUUGCGCAAAAAUUGUAGCAUCGACACAAAAAGGGAACACCGCAUCGGUAGCCAACAUUGUCACGUAAGAACACCAAAACAUACCCAGCAUCACGAUGAAGCUGCUGGAGAGUACGAGCUUCGAGGCGGUCAACAAUAAGCUGCACAUCGAGACGGGCGACAGCACGAUAUAUGGCCGUAUCGAGUCGUAUUCCUGCAAAAUGGCGGGCAACGAUAAGGCGCUGUACAAGCGGUUCACCUCGGAGCAGGCUCCGACCGAUCUGCAGGCACUGUCGCCACCGCAAACCCUGCAGGACAUGUCACCGCAGCUCCUCCGCAGCAGCCUGUCCGGCGACGAAAGCGUCACCCUGUGCAACACCAUUUCUCGCAAGACGCUCUUCUAUUUGAUCGCAACGCUCAACGCAGCGUUCGAGCCGGAUUAUGACUUCAGCGAGGCCAGGAGCCAUGAAUUCAGCAAGGAGCCGUCGCUGCAAUGGGUGGUGAACUCGAUCGAGAGUAACCUCAGCCCAGUGGCCGGCGAGCAGUACAGUAAGAUUCGUCACGCGCUCUGGACGACGAUCGAGGACGAGAUCUCGCUAAAGGACUGCGACAUCUACAGCUAUAAUCCCGACCUGAACUCGGACCCGUUUGGCGAGCCAGGUUGCCUCUGGUCGUUCAACUACUUCUUCUACAACAAGAAGCUGAAGCGCAUCGUUUUUUUCACUUGCCGUGCGAUAAACUCGGUUUACGUGGAUUCCGGAUUCUCGAGUGAUUUCCCCAUGGAAGAUGACGACGAAUGUUACUAGAGAGUGAAAUGAUACGUCCUUAUUUUCUGGUGACUGGUGAUUGCUGCAAUUGCAACCGAAAUGCACAUCAAACCCAGCUGCUGCGGACAUCAGUCCUCUAGACUCCCUUGAUAUCGCUAUGAUGAUCACAAAUUUAACUUUUAAUCAUUUUUUUAUCAUUUUGUGCAUGUGUGAAACUACGUCGAUUGUUCUCUCAAUGAACUUGGACUAGAUUUUUUAAAUGUUCGA